CGACUCAAGAGUAGCGGAGUACACUCGCUAACCGGCCUCCAUCCACAACACGGCACACAGAGAGAGGAGAGAGAGACUCACGUUGAGGUACGAGGCGGAGUGUGUGGUGAGAGGCGGUGAGGUGGCUCAAACAGGGCCCCGCUCGAUCAAAUAACCGUCCGCGCGCGCGGCCGUCGAGCAGCCGUCGUCGUAGUGGUUGGUGUUGUUUCGCGCACUCGUCCACGUCGUACAACACGCGCUCGCAGGAUCUUUCCCUGUCGUCGGGAUUCGUCGUCACCCUCAUGGUGUCGGGGUAACAAUUACCCCUGUCUCUCCCGGGGGUGCUCUCUCGCGACCGCGUACCUUCGCUCCGUGCGACGAGCGCGCAUCUUCCUGGCGAGCAAACGGACUGUGCAUUGUGUUCCGGAGAAGAGGACGGUGUCUUCGUAGAGGUUUACCUCGCGUUUUCGCUAACACGGUGUGUGUCCCGAAGGUAUCUCGCGUGGAGACUUUUCUCAGAUCCUGCGGGAAAGAGGAAACCCGACGAUUCUCGUCGCCGGUUGAAGCUGAGCUUGUGAGCUUGGAAGAGAAUUUUGUCAACUCAACAGUGUCAUUCAGUGUUAGCGGCAAGAAUUUCCCAGGUGAAGUUUCUUUUUUUCUGGUGAAGGAAGAGAGUGUCGAGACGAUCGUCGCGCGUCCCCGGUUCUCUCGGUGCGUACGACUUUAGGAAUCUCUGUGAUUCGUGACUCGACAGAAAGAGGAGAGCGAUAGAAGACUACUCGGUUACCGUUGAAAGCGCGGACGACUCGACAGGUCGUCCGAGCUCGCCCGGUGAAAAGAUUAAGGGAAUACCCGACUGCCAGCAGCCGUGGUACCGCGGAUUUCAUGACAGCCGUUUGACAGCGACGACGCGACAGCAGGCCACCUCGGCGCCGGUCAGCUCUAUGACCAUGCUUCAGUCGCAAAAGCUGUACGGCGAUGCGGGUGCCAUGAGCAGCGCCGCGAUGUCCAGCAUGGGCAGUAUGGCGCCCACGUAUAGCUCGAUCAACUCGAUGAGCUGCGUGCCGAUGGGGAUGUCGAUGGGCGUCGGAGUCGGGCCUAGCUGCAGCCCGCAGGGCGCCGGCGGUUUCAACAUGAGCACCAUGAGCUCGGCGAUGGGAAUGGCAUCGAUGGGAGGUGGCGGGAUGAGCGGUUACAGCAGCGCUUCCAUGGGCACCGGUGGUGCUUGUAUGAGCGCCGUCGGAUACGGGCCUUUGACACCCAGCGGUGGUACCGGCGUCAGUCGGGAUCCCCUGGCUCUGACCGAACCGGACUCACCGAACUCGGCGCUGCAGCGCGCGCGCAGCGAGAAGUCCUACCGUCGUAGUUAUACUCAUGCGAAACCGCCGUAUUCCUACAUCAGUCUGAUCACCAUGGCGAUACAGAACGCGCCCCACAAGAUGCUGACCCUCUCCGAGAUCUAUCAGUUUAUCAUGGAUCUAUUCCCGUUCUACAGACAGAAUCAGCAACGCUGGCAAAACUCCAUCAGGCACUCGCUCAGCUUUAACGAUUGCUUCGUUAAAGUGCCACGCACUCCGGACAAGCCUGGGAAGGGAUCCUUCUGGACGCUGCAUCCGGACAGCGGUAACAUGUUUGAGAACGGUUGUUAUCUACGACGGCAGAAGAGGUUCAAGGACGAGAAGAAGGAGCUGACCAGGCAGACCAGCAAGCAUCAGCAGCAUCAACAUCAAGCGACAGCAGCGGCGGUGGCGGCUGCGUCCGGCGCGACUAUCGCCGGUCAACACAGCCCGCCCACUCACGAAGGCGCGCCCGGCUCCAAGAAGACCAGCUCGUCCAUCCACCAUGGCGGUCCUCCGCAGCAGGAUGAUAAGGAUCUGCACGGAUUGGUACCCUCGCAUCAUCAUCAUCACACCGCGAGUCUUCAUCAACAUCAUAGCGCCCUGAAGAGCGACACCACCGAUAUCGGUGGCCUCCUAGUGCCCGAUCUCGGCGCCGCGCACGACGAGCUUACCGCCAUGGUCAGCCGCAGCCUUCAUCCGCAUCUAUUAUCCGAUACCGCGAACUUGCAUCACGGCAUGACCGGUAGCUUGAAGCAGGAACCGCUCUAUGGUACAGCCGCCAAUCAUCCGUUCAGCAUCAACAGGUUACUGCCGCGGGACACGACCGGGACCUCGCCCGGCGCCCAGGAUACCAAGCCCCCCGAGAUGAAGAUGUACGAACAGCUGCACCAGAGCUACAACUUCGGCUCGCCUCAUCAUCCGCACGCGCACUCGGCGCCACCCGGGCAUCAUCACCACAACGGCAUGCACGCCGGCACCAACGCCGCCGGGCCGAUGCACAUGACGAAUCAUCAUCAUCAAGAGUACUAUCAGAGCCCGCAUUAUCAUCACGCCACGAGCGUCGCCACCACGAGCGCACCACCUCCCGCCGUCGCUACCGCGACGCCGGGCUUGUGACAUCACGCCACCCACCCUUACGCUUUAGCCUGAGUCGCUGCCGCCGCGGCUUACGCCGCCGCCAGCGCUGCCGCGCCCCCGAUGCCAUCCCCGACGCCGGAUCUGUCCGCGAUCACGACGACGAGCGCGACGGCCGUCGAGCCGACGACGUCACCCACGACUUCGUCGACCGUCUCGUCGUCGCCGCGUACGCAACCACGCCGGCGCGCCCGUCGUCCCGAUAACGACGACAUCGUCGACGCCGUCGUCUGCUGGCCGCCCGACGACGACGACGAAUACGACGAUGAGAACGAAGACGAGGACGAGGAGAACGUCGUCUACAGACGGUAGAGCGCUGCCGGGAGGUAGGAUUCCUCAGGGUAUUUCGGCUCACUCUUAGGGUUCAUCGUCUCGACUGUUAGUUUAUUAUGUUUAUUGUUAUCAAAAUGUAAUAUUGUUAUAAUGCUCUAUUUUUUUUCCAUAUAUUUUUCGUUUGACUUUAAAUCUCAUUCUCGACUCGCGCGUUUCGAGUAUAAAAAAACGCCAUGAUCUCUACUCUCCUUUUUGAAUAUUCCCAAAAUUGCCCGUAAAAUGCGUGAUGCAAUAAAUGCUAAAAGUGGUAAAUUUCCUUUUUUAUAUAUGAUUUUUGUCAAUAAUAACAUAAAUGUAUAUAUGAAAUACAAAUAGAUUCCCUCCUUUAUACGUAAAGAAAUGAAUUUUUACGUGAAGAAAUUACUCGCCAUUAUUGUAGCAUGAGAUGUGUAAUGUCUUUAGAUCAGUCGUGUGCGUCAUUGAUUUAUUUUUUCCGAGUUCCCUUUAUUUUAAACCUUUAUAUUGCUAAUGUAAUUCAGUAUUUCAAUAUAUUCGCGAAUUAUAUAUUGAUUAUAUGAGAGAAGUCUCAUGCGAUUCAUCGAAAUCGCGCGAUUAUAUUGAAUGCUCGGUAUGAUAAACGCGACAAUAUGGAAUGUAGAAAUAUGAUUUAGUAUAUUUCUGGAUAUUUACACAUUUCUCAACACAGUUAUAUUAU